AUUCACUAUACUUUUUACAAUAUCUUUAUUUUGCUAUUGUUCACCACUUUUAAAAUAUAUUCUACAUUAUAUCUUUAUAAUAUAUUUUUAUGUUUGUAAAAUUUUAUAUUUCUGGAGUUUUAAGUGGAAAUAUGAUAUUAUUUAAUGGAAUCUUAAGAGAAUGAUAAUUCUGAGGAAUGUAACAUAUUGUAUCAUUUUAUCGCUAAUUAAACAUGUUUUCUGUACUCCGUUGACUAAUUUAACUACGGAAUACUCUAAUAUGAGUAAUCGGAUCAACUCAACCUUUCCCAAAUAUAUUCCUAACAAUUCAGAUGUCGAAACUUGUAUUUUGAAUAAUUGGUGGGAUUUGGCGAGGAAAAUUGUACUUUUAUCUCAUGAACAAGAUAUUGAUUUGUCAUCUUCUGUGCGUUCAUCUGUUGAAACUGUUCAAAGAAACUCAAAAGAGCUUUUAGAUUUACUCAGUAAACAUUACAACGAACUUGACGUUGUUAACGCCGCCCUUCAAUGGGCUGAAUCACCAAAUGAAGUCUUUCUAAGCAUUAAAUUUUCUGCCAGAUGGAGUAGCCCAGGGGCAUUACAAGUGGAGGAUGAAGUAUUGAAUGUGGAUGAGGAUAAACUGGAGUAUAGUGGGAUUGGAACGCAUUCGGGGAAGAGGAAGAAAUAUCAAGUGAAUUUACACUUGUUUAACAGAGUUGUUGGUGCCGAGACUAAGGUUACUCCUGUUUCCAUGGGUCGUUUCUCGAUAACUCUGAAAAAGGAGAUUCCUGAGGUCUGGAACACCCUGAAUAAGAUGAACGAAAAGGUUCCAAAUCACCAGAUUUGGUGGGAGAUGAAGGAAAAGUACCAGGACGAAUGCGAUAAAUUUCUAAAGGAAAAUACCAAACAAGAGCUGUAACCUAUUAAUUUUAAACUAGUACAUUAAUUUACAAAAUUUAA